GGAAAUUGAGAAUCGUCAUUUCGCGAAUCAGUUGAAACUUGAAGUUCGCGAAGUGUGUUGUGUAAAAACGUUUAAAUUUUAUAAAAAGCGAUAAAAAGUUGAUUUCAAGAUGCCUCGACGAGGACGUUCUGCAAGUCCACCACCAGCACCAAGACGGGCUGCUCCACCACCGAGCCGUCUUCCAGCCCAUGCUCCGCCUUCAGCGCCGGCACCGAGCGUUGCCCAACCUCAGCAACCCUCGAUGUUUGGCCAGAUGGCCGCUACCGCUGGCGGUGUGGCUGUAGGAUCGGCAGUGGGCCACAUGGCCGGCAGCGCUCUGACCGGCAUGUUCAGCGGCGGCAGUUCCGAGCCGGCGCAGCAGCAAGCCGCGCAGCCCGCGCAGGCCACCUACCAACAGUACCAGGGCCAGGCACAACAGCCCCAGGGCCCUUGCGCUUGGGAGAUCAAGCAGUUCAUCGAAUGCGCCCAACAACAACACGAUCUCUCCCUCUGCGAAGGCUUCAACGAGGCCCUGCGCCAGUGCAAAGUGAACAACCACAUCUAAAUACAUCCCCGGUGUCUAGAACAUUCUUAAAAUAUUUCAGUUGAAAAUUUUCGUCAUGCUACCUCAAGCGUUCCAACUUCAAAGACACCAUAGCAAUUAUGUACGAUAGAUUUGUUUAUUUUAUUUUUAGAAAUUUUAGUAAUUAUUAAUUUACAUUCUUUUGAGACUACAUAUUGUAGCUCUAGACGACGCCAUUGUUAAUUAUUAUUAGUUGACAUUUUAAAUAAACAACCAUUAUAUUAUU